UGAUGCUCUAUAAUGUCAUACAAGCGUAAUGAGAUAUUUUUAAAGUAUAUUACACAAUUGUAAGAAAUGAAAGUGCAUGACAAUCUUGAUCCUAAUAAAAAAAAAAAAGUGGAAGCAGGUAUAAUCCAAUUUUUUUUAAUAUGCCUGGUGGGAAAAAGUACAACCCGAACCCAUUAUUGGGACCCAUUGACCGGUAUCAGACAAGUCGAAGAAGAGAGAGCGUGUGCGCGCGCGCGCGGGGUCAAAGGCCGUGAAACUUUGCACGUGGGAAAUGAGUGAAAACUAUCCCUGACUUUUCCUGUUUUUACACGUGAUUUUUCUGGUUGACCAUCUGGAGAUCACCGUGCCCACGGACAUUCCCCGACCGAGUCGCCGACAUGAGGCCGCCCAACGGCCCCUGCCGAUAUUUAAAUAACGCGGGAGGACCAAGCGGAAGCAGAGGAACCCGGGAACCACCAUGGAACCGUUCCCCUUCCAAACCCAGGAGGACGACGAGCACCCGGAGUAUCUGAACUGGGACUUCUCCCUUCCCGACUCCAUCGACCUCCUGUCCGCCAUCUCCAACCCACAGCCCCCACCGCGAAGUGCUUUUGUCGAAUACAGAGCGUUUAAUCGUGGGAUCUCGUCCCAGAGUUCGGGAUGCCAACAGCAACGAACCGGCGGUCGCAACAUCCACCGGAGAGUGAUCGAGUUUCUAAGAACGAUUCCGAUGGCGACAAGGGAGGAGAGUUUCAGAGGUGUGGUGGCGGAGGGAAGCAGGGAGUUUCGGCAUCUGAUGAGGGAGAGGCAGAGGAGAGAGAGAUUGAGCCAGGGUUAUGCUGACCUCCGCUAUAUGCUCUCCAACAGAUCAAAGGGUGACAAGAAUUCGGUGGUUCAAGCAGCGGCUGUUUACUUGAAAGAACUGGAGGGAGUGAGGGAGGAGCUGCAGAAGCGCAACGAGGAGCUUGAGGAGACGGCAGCUGGGAAACGAGGGGUGGUAGAAGGGGCGACGAUCAAAUUGCGCGUGAUGAAUCCCUCAUCGGCCGUUGAUUCCAUGAUGGGGGCUCUGCAAUGCUUGAGGGGAAUGGAGUUGGCGGCUGCAUCCAUGCAGGCCGAACUCCGCAGCGACGAGUUGUCAGCCGUCGUCAAUCUGAAAUCAAAGAAUGUGGCAAUAGCUGAAGUGGAGAGAGCAAUGGAAUGUGCUUUAGAGGAAGUGGAGAAGAAAUCCCACACUUUGUCUUCCCAACAAUAUAAAUGCUCCGUGAGUUGCCAUGUGGAGAAUGCACCAUGAGUACCGCGUGUGCUCUACAUGUAACUCAUUUGACCUAACAUUAGAGAUGAAUGAAACAUCCUUUUCUAAAGUCAAUACGUAAGAAAGGUU